GCAAAGUCCAAUUAUGGGACACCAAGACUUGUGCAGACAUUAGCUUUUCUUUUAAAGUAUUAAAAGCUCGGAGGGAGCUUCUCUAUUUGUUUGUGUCUAAUUUCAAGCUGAGCAUUGAAAGGGGGUUUGUCCAAAUCCUCUUCAUUCUGUACCAGCUUGUUGUUCAAUGGCUACUACUUCUUCUCCGGCUUUUACCCGACCCUUUUCACGCUCUCCCUCUCCAUUCGUCUCUAAGCCCCAAACGCGGCACAACUUCCCCUCGCGGAUUAGACGUCUAGGCCAUCAUAAUCAUCAUUUGGGGAUUCAUUGUUGCUCCUCCCACGACUCCUUCAGCGCCAGGCAACCUCAAUUUCCUCCAACGAACCCAUUUGGUGUCAUAAUGGAUGAUGAUACACUCUCCAAACCUUCAUUUAAAUGGCGUAGAGUUUUGCUUAAAGUAAGUGGUGAAGCGCUAGCUGGAGAUCAAUCACAAAAUAUUGACCCAAAGAUCACAAUGUCUAUAGCAAGGGAGGUAGCAUCUGUUACUCGACUAGGCAUUGAGGUUGCUAUAGUGGUCGGUGGAGGAAAUAUUUUUCGCGGAUCAUCUUGGGCGGGAAUUAGUGGCCUUGAUCGCUCUUCUGCUGAUUACAUUGGGAUGUUAGCUACAGUUAUGAAUGCAAUUUUUUUACAAGCUACAAUGGAAAGUAUUGGGAUUCCAACAAGAGUGCAGACUGCCUUUAAGAUGUCAGAAGUUGCUGAACCUUAUAUACGUAGAAGAGCUGUCAGGCAUCUUGAGAAGGGAAGAGUGGUAAUUUUUUCUGCGGGAACUGGAAAUCCUUUCUUCACAACUGAUACUGCAGCAGCUCUGCGCUGUGCUGAGAUAAAUGCUGAGGUGGUGCUGAAAGCAACAAAUGUCGAUGGUGUUUAUGAUGAUGACCCUAAGCGAAACCCCAACGCUCGUCUUCUAGAUUCUCUUAGUUAUCGCGAUGUAACUUCUAAGGAUCUUUCUGUGAUGGACAUGACGGCAAUCACUUUGUGCCAAGAAAACAAUAUUCCUGUUGCUGUCUUUAACCUCAACAAACCGGGCAACAUUGCUAAAGCCAUUAAAGGUGAAAGAGUCGGAACUUUGAUCGGGGACACCUCGAGCUCCAAAAGCACCAACUGCAUAGAGAAACUUCCCAACAAUGUCUCGGCAGAGGGAUGAGUGAGUAAUCUUCUUACAAUAUAUUCUUUUCCUUUCUUUUUCUCUUAGAAUGCUGAGCUCUCCAUGAACUCAACAGUCUUGAAUG